AGGAUGCAAUCCGGUUCGACCGGGUGGAGGUGCAAACGAGACGCAAAUGCGCCAAGGGGUUUGGACCAGAAGGUCCGAGGUAGAUGUCAAAUAUUGGAAGCACAGCGCCGGUCGAAAGGUGCCGGCCUGACACAAAAGAGGAUUACUUAAAAUGGCUGUUGAUUAUUUUCUGAAGCUUGAAGGCAUCAAGGGUGAAGCACAGGACAAAACUCACAAGGAAGAAAUUGAUAUUCUUUCCUGGUCCUGGGGUGCUUCGCAAUCCGGUACAACGCACAUGGGCUCCGGCUCCGGUGGUGGAAAGGCACAUUUCCAGGAUCUCAGCAUUACCAAGUAUGUCGACAAAUCGACCCCGGUUCUGCUGCAGCACCUUUCGACCGGUAAACACAUUGCCGGCGGUUAUUUCUACUGCCGCAAGGCUGCUGGCGACUCUCCGCUUGAGUACAUCAAGAUCGAGAUGAAGGACAUCAUCGUCACGAGCGUAUCGACUGGUGGCAGCGGUGCCGACGAUCGUCUUACGGAAAACUGCACGCUGAACUUCGGUGAGUACAAGUACGUCUAUACCGAACAGAAGCCGGACGGUUCCAAGGGCGCAGCGCCGGAGUUCGCAUUCGACAUUGCAGCGAACACCAAGAAGUAA